UCGUGUUGUGUAGAUGUCAAGUGUUUUGCUAAAUCUAAGAAAACUUGCAGUGUGAUACAGAGACAUAUAAUCAAAUAUGUAGUCAGCGGUGUUAAAAACAGAAUCUGUCAAACCGUCUUCUUCAAAUCCACGGAAUGAGAAGCUUGAUUAAUGAGAUGCUCCCAACCAUACCCAAAUAUUAAUCAGACAUUCAUUAUUGUCUCUAGAGGUUAAUGUCUUUGAGUGUUUUUAGGUGUUCCUAGAACACAAUUUAUGGGAAGAUCCAGCUGCAUCUCCAUCUCCUAAUUUGGAGUGAAAGAGCCUAGUCUUUCACACCAAUUUUGAGUUUCAAAUAUAUGUGCAUAAAUGAAUGAAGAUGCAAGGUUUGGAUUUCGUUUUUAUGACUCUUGUCUAAUCUUACGUUUGAGGUAGGUGAGCAAAGAUGCUAUCACAGCAAAAAAUGCUAAAUUACUAGAUUCAAAUUACGAAUCUACCCUCUGCAUAGCUCCGAGAGUGAUGUGAUUCCCCUUGAAAGCAUCAAAGGGUUAGUAACCUUUUCUAGAGAGUGCCCUUUCGUCGUCAGAAAAACGUAAGCAAAAAUGCUACAAAUUAAAAAGUGUCUCCAACAUGUGCAUAUUCACACACAAGUUGGUGUCAACGCUCAGACAAGAAAGGCGUGUGUUCAUUGUUGAAUCUUCCCAUUUCCUCAUCCAAAUUCCGACAUAACUAUCCUAGCCGCCAUUUGUUCUCCACAUUACAAAACCCUCAGCAGCUUCAAAACUCUUCCGAUCUCUCCCUCACGCUCGCAAUUCUCUCGUCUCCAUUUUAAUAGUUUUUCUUCUCGGAAUCACAAAUCUUCGGCUUCUUGUUCCUUGGCGUGUGUGUGUGUUGUUGAAUGGCUCUUGUUCAGCGGAUUCCAAUUUCCUCCUCCAGUAUUCGGAAUUGGCAACAAGCGAGGACCAAUUUGACUCCUAUUUGUUGUUUACAUUACAAUACUGCAUCUUCUUCUUCUUCACCCUUUACAGAGAAGCACUCUGUGGAGAGAUACCAAAGGGAUCAAUGGCUGUACAAAGCGGUUGAACCAACGCCACCAUCGACUCCAUCUCCAUCGCCAUUUGAAGAUGAAGUCUUUGUUAGGGAAAACGACAUUGCAUCGCAGCUGCCUGAGCUGAAGAAGCUUUUGGCAGUGCUGAAAGAGAAGAGAGUUAAAGGAUGCAAAGGUGGUGAUUGUGGACCAGGAGAUGUGUAUCUUGUUGGGACAGGGCCAGGAGAUCCUGAGCUUUUGACUCUUAAAGCUGUCAGAGUUAUUCAAAGUGCCGAUCUUUUGCUUUACGACAGGCUUGUCUCCAAUGAUGUCUUGGAGUUGGUUGCUCCUGAUGCUAGACUUCUUUAUGUCGGCAAAACUGCUGGUUAUCAUAGCAGAACUCAGGAAGAGAUUCAUGAACUACUCCUAAAUUUUGCUGAAGCUGGUGCCACUGUUGUCAGGCUUAAAGGUGGAGAUCCUCUGGUCUUUGGACGGGGCGGCGAAGAAAUGGACUUUCUGCAACAGCAAGGGAUUCGAGUUCAAGUUAUACCAGGGAUAACUGCGGCGUCGGGGAUAGCAGCAGAGUUGGGGAUUCCACUAACACAUCGAGGUGUUGCAACUAGUGUAAGGUUUCUCACUGGUCAUUCAAGGAAAGGAGGGACAGACCCUCUGUUUGUUGCAGAGAAUGCAGCUGACCCGGAUACAACACUUGUCGUUUAUAUGGGUUUGGGAACUUUACCUUCUCUUGCACAAAAACUAAUGGACCAUGGUCUCCCUUCUGAUACACCAGCUGUUGCGGUUGAACGUGGAACCACUCCUCUACAGCGUACAGUUUUUGCUGAGCUUAAAGAUUUUGCAACUGAGAUUCAGUCAGCUGGAUUGGUGUCACCAACACUCAUCAUCAUAGGGAAAGUCGUUGAGCUCUCACCUUUAUGGCCACAUUGCACGAAAGAAUCCUCCUGCCUUGUAGAGACCCGGUAGAUAUUUCACUCUUAUUUUACGGGCGUGUGGCUUCCAUCGACAUUACGGUGAAGUUUUAGGAGCUAUGGAGCUAUGAAGGUUGAGACUUGAGAGAUGUAAUAAACAAAAAGGAAAGCUGAUAGUUUCUUAUGACGUGUCCUUCAAUUGUUUUGGGACAAUGGUAAUGGCAAUGUUAAUGUAAUAAACAAGUUUCAAUCAGUGCCACUGUGACUAAUUUUUCCACCACAAGAUGAUGUCUUUAAAACUUUAAUAGUCAAAUUCAAAUUAAAGUUACAAGAUGAUGUCUUGAUACCCUCAUGAUGCUCUCCAAACUUGUAUGCUUCUUUCUUCUUUUGAAAGUGAGCGUGUCUACUGUUGUUAGAACCUUAUUCUUCAUUUGAUGCAUGUGUCUAUGUACAUGAGUCUUCCAUGUCUUUAGAUGAACAAGGGAUUUUGGCAGGGCUACUUUUGAGCUGAUAUUUGCAUUUGACGAGGUCAUAUCUCUUGGGCACAAGGAAAGUGUGACAAGUGUCCAGGUGAAGCAGUAUUGUGAAAUGGAGAAGUUGCAUUAAGUGGUUGUGCAAAAGAAAUGGUUUUGAUGGUUUGAGCAGAU